AUGUGGGUCCUUUUCAACGGGUUUGGUAAAUUCCCACUGCAAGAUCCACAACGUAGGAAUGGGGAGGGGAAAGGAUUCACCUAUACUGUUGCCCAAUUUCAUCCCCGGGAUGCUGUUGCGCAAUUAUCAUAUGAAUAUGAGGAUGACCCAGUGACCCCUUUCGAAACGGCACCGACUAAUUGA